AUGGAUAAAUAUGAUGUGAUUAAGACUAUUGGGGAAGGUGCCUUCGGGAAAGCAUAUCUGGCUAAAGGCAAAUCAGAUAGCAAGCACUGUGUCAUAAAAGAGAUCAAUUUUGCAAAGAUGCCCAUCCACGAGAAAGAAGCUUCAGAGAAAGAAGUCAUUCUUCUGGCGAAGAUGAAACAUCCCAACAUUGUAACCUUCUUCGGUUCAUUUCAAGAGAACGGUAGGCUGUUUAUUGUAAUGGAAUAUUGUGAUGGAGAAGAUCUCAUGAAAAGGAUCAAUAGACAACAAGGAGUGUUAUUUAGUGAAGAUCAGAUCCUGGAUUGGUUUGUACAGAUUUCUCUAGGACUAAAACAUAUUCAUGACAGGAAGAUAUUACACAGGGACAUAAAAGCUCAGAACAUUUUUCUUAGCAAGAAUGGAAUGGUUGCAAAGCUUGGUGACUUUGGUAUAGCAACAGUCCUGAAUAAUUCCAUGGAACUUGCUCGAACAUGUGUUGGAACACCUUACUACCUGUCCCCAGAGAUCUGUCAAAAUAAACCCUACAAUAAUAAAACGGAUAUUUGGUCUCUUGGCUGUGUCUUAUAUGAGCUCUGCACACUCAAGCAUCCGUUUGAGGGUAAUAACUUACACCAGCUGGUACUGAAGAUCUGUCAAGCACAUUUUGCCCCAGUAUCGCCAAGGUUUUCUUGUGACCUACGGUCCUUGAUAUCUCAGCUCUUUAAAGUAUCUCCUCGGGAUCGACCAUCUGUUAAUUCCAUUUUGAAAAGGCCCUUUUUAGAGAAUCUAAUUGCCAAAUACUUGACUCCUGAGGUCAUUCAGGAAGAAUUCAAUCACACACUUGAAAGCAGAGCAAGAUCGUCAGCACCACAACCUGCUGGGAAGGUGAUCGGGGGUGAGAAUGAUUUAACCAUGAAAUCAGAAAGCAUUGAUUAG